AUGAAGGUCUUGCCAGAGGCAGCGAGGGCAGCCCUCGCUAGAUCCAACAAGGAGCAAAAACGAUUUCUCGGAUUCUUCUGCGAAUCGGAGAUGGAAUUGUCACCGACCCCCUUGACGAUUUUCAUUCUUGGCCUCAUCAGCAUUCUAGGCAUUUCCCCAGCUAACACUGCUCUUGCUGUAACUGAUGCAAGUAGCCCGUUGUCCACUUAUAUAGUCCAGGUACGAAAGCGGACCGACAAGCAUUCUUUUGCUUCAGAGGACCUCGACACUUUGUAUCGGUCGUUUUUACCUACCACAGCAGCUAGCUCUAACCAAGAGCAAAGAAUGGUACACUCAUACCGACACGUGCUAUCCGGGUUCGCGGCCAAAUUGACCGCUGAGGAAGCUAAAGCCGUUCGGGAUAAGGACGGUGUUUUGAACGUGCGUCCGGAGAAGACGCUCUCUCUGCGCACAACUCACACCCCCGACUUCUUGGGAUUGCACCAAGGAGUCGGGCUCUGGAAGGAGUCGAACUUUGGUAAGGGUGUGAUCAUCGGAGUAUUGGACUCGGGGAUUUUCCCCAACCACCCUUCCUUCAGCGACAAGGGGGUGCCUCCGCCCCCGGCCAAAUGGAAGGGCAGGUGCGACUUCAACGGCACGUCCUGCAACAACAAGGUCAUCGGUGCGAGGUCAUUCAUCGGCUCGGUCUCCGUCAUGCAGGCCAAUCCGCCGUAUGAUGGUGUGGGCCAUGGCACACACACAUCCAGCACAGCUGCCGGUGCUCCUGUGAGGGAUGCCAGCGACCUCGGUAAUGCCAAAGGCACGGCCAUAGGCAUGGCGCCUCUUGCACAUUUGGCAAUGUACCAGGUUUGCGACGUUUACGGGUGCCGUGACGGCGACAUAUUGGCUGGGAUCGAUGCGGCCAUCGAGGACGGUGUCGACGUGCUUUCCAUCUCUAUAGGAGGAAACUCCAAGCCGUUCUUCGACGACCUGAUUGCCAUGGGCACAUUCGCCGCCACCCAAAAAGGCAUCUUCGUCAGCUGCUCCGCAGGGAAUUCGGGGCCAGCCUACAGCACAAUGGAAAACGAGGCACCGUGGAUUCUCACUGUUGGAGCAAGCAGCAUUGACCGCAGCAUAAAGGCCACGGCGCGGCUCGAGAACGGGCAAGAGUUCGAUGGGGAGACCUUGUACCAACCGCACGCCUUCCGUCCGGCUCUACUUCCCCUUGUUUAUCCGGGAGUAAGCGGAGAUCAAACCAUUGCCCAAUGCCUUCCUGGAUCACUAAAAAGCCGCUCGGACCUCCAAAGGAAAGUGGUUGUGUGCGACUUGGGCGACGGAAGUGACCCAGUCGCGAAAGGUCGAGAGGUCAAAGAUGCAGGUGGUAUUGCCAUGAUCCUCGUGAACGGCCGCACCGAGGGAUACACCACAUUGGCUGAUGCGCAUGUCCUACCCGCCGUCCUCCUACCAUUUGUCGCCGGGAGAGAGAUCAAGAACUACCUAAGCACGGCGUCAGCACCGACGGCCACGAUCUUAUUCAGAGGCACUCAGAUCGGGCGAUCGGUAGCCCCGGCUGUGUCAUUCUUCUCUUCCCGCGGCCCCAGCAUCCAAAGCCCAGGCAUCCUCAAACCAGACAUAAUCGGCCCGGGCGUGAACAUUCUCGCCGGUUGGCCAUUUCGUUUACGCAACUCCACGGACAAGAAGCGCGCAUUCAACAUAAUCUCCGGGACCUCCAUGUCCUGCCCCCACCUCAGUGGUGUGGCGGCGCUGCUCAAGAGCACGCACCCGGAUUGGUCUCCAGCGGCCAUCAAGUCUGCCAUCAUGACCACUGCAGCCACCUCCGACAUGGAGGGCCGACCCAUAGUGGACCAGACACUUCAUCCGGCGGACAUUUUCGCCACCGGUGCAGGACACAUCAACCCAUCGAAGGCGGUCGACCCGGGUCUCAUUUACGACAUAGAACCACGAGAUUACGUUCCUUACCUUUGUGGGCUCAACUAUACCGACUCUGAAAUCGAGCGCAUAGCGCAAAAAAAGGUCACAUGCUCGAGCAUAACCAGCACACCCGAUUACCAACUCAACUAUCCAUCGAUUAGCAUGAGGUUCGAGGGUUCGGUAACGAAGGUGAGUGUGACGAGAACGGUGAGGAACGUCGGACCCGCGAAGUCGCGUUACAAGUCGGUCAUCGACCCAAUCAAGGGCCUGGACUCAAUCGGCGUGUACCCGAGUUUCCUGGAGUUCACAAAGGCGAACCAGACAGCGAGUUUCAGGAUUGACUUCACAAGGAGAGUUGACUGGGACGCCACCGCGACGCCGUUUGCCCAAGGGGCGAUCACGUGGGUGUCUGCUCAGCAUUCGGUUCGAACCCCUGUCGCUGUUGUGUUUAAGUGA